AUGUGUGAAAUAUAUGGGGGGACUCGUAGGAGGGGGUUUAAUGGUGUUGGUCCCAGCUCUUUACAACCACUUGACUGGACAACAGGGGUGCUGUGGGAAUCGCUGCGGGCGGUUGCGGCUAGUGCCCUGUACAGUUUCUAUGUGGCAGUGCCUGGUCUGGGUUAUGGGCCCCUCUGCAAAGUCAGUGAGACAUGGACAACACCUUUUAAAAACAGUAAUUGGACCUACCUGACUGACUUUAAGUCCUGGAAAAAAUGCACUGAGCCCAAGAACGUGGUGCAGUUCAACAUCAGACUGUUCAUUACUCUGAUGGCAACCAGCUGCCUGCAGCUGAUUCUCUGUGCCAUUCAGAUGAUCAACGGGCUCUUUGGCUGCCUGUGUGGAACCUGCAGUGACAAAGAGUUUCUGGUCAGGAGGGCUCUGAUCGUCUGCACUCAUCCUAAGUGUUGAAAGGUGCUCCCGGCCGGAGGCUAAGAUUCGCGUUCCUGGCUGCAUCUGCAUAAAACACGUUUUGAAAUUGUUGUUGUCUCUGAUAACAAAUGUUUAUGUUUUUAUCGUAGUGUAUUUCAAGCUGCUUCACGCUGCAAUGUGUUAAGGAAUUCUGUGAGAAAUUUUAAAAACGAUUCAUGCUAAUUGUAUGG